UCCAAACAGCAAGACACCUCUCUCCUCCUCCUCUGGUGUGCCAGCUGCACUCCCAACUCUGCCCCUUUCCCCACCUGCUGCUGUUGUGAACACAGGGUGAGCCUCUCCCCACCCCACCCUUCUAGGAGAAGUCCCUUGCUCAUCAAAUUGAAGCAUGUGUCUUCUUUUUCCCCACACCUUAGAGCUAUGUGUUUUGCAGUAAGUUGGAGGGACAGACUGGUCACUGGAAGGACAGCAAGUUCCCCAUCCAUUAUGCCAAUGCUAAUUAGGAGUGAUUGAUGCUGCCUCUCAAACCCCCUCAACAAAUCUCCAUUCUAAAUACAAUGAGAGCAGGCUCUGCUGUGCAUUUCAGUACUCCGGACCAGCAGCAUCUCCCUACACUUCACAUCUGGAGGCUGACAGUGGAGGGACCAAACCGAACAUCUGGGAGCCAAAGUGACCGUGUCACCUCUUGAUUCUACUUUCUAUUUAUUUUUUUCCCCCCCAAUCGUACUCUUUUCUUUCACUGAAUGUUUUAUUUUUACAGGAUAUUAAAUGGAUAAAAUUGACUUUAACUCUCACGUAGUACCUCCACCUGCAAAACCCACUGGGGGUCUAUGCUCCGUACGAAAAUGCGCUGGAUAUAGCAGUGAUAUGGCUGGUCUGUAGGGGAUACCCUGGUCUUUUCUGAAACUCUUUUUUGUAUGCUGUUUUAAACCUGAAAAAAGGAUUUUGUUUAUUAUUCUUUUUUUUUCCCUAAAAGUAAUUCUGGAUAAAAAAAAAAAUCUCUCCUGUUCACUAAUGAGCACCAAUAAAAGGAUUAUAACUCUUCACGCGGGGACGUCUCUCUAAUUAGGGCACAGAAAGCUUCCUUUCAGUGAAGAAGCCAAAAAAGGUAAAAGAAGAUUGAUUGAUUGAUACCGAGUACUAAUCUAAUCUCAUCUCACUCUAUCCAGAACCUUUGAACAAAAGACUCGUUUUGGCUUACCAUCACUGUAACUCAAGCCUUCCUUUUAGCAUUACAUCCAUUUAUUCUGAAAACUAUAUAUUUCUGGACAACAAAAGAAGAUGCACUGCAGGUCUCGUAUGAUACUUUAACAAUAAUCAAGCAAUUCUACGUAGUCUUACAGUAAGGAUUACCAGAUUUGUGUUCUACAACCAUCCUCGAGUUGGUGCCUCAACCUCCGUUUCAUGUCAUGUAUCACCAGACUGCUACAUUAAUGUUAAACCAGUGACGUUAUGACCCUUUGAGUAUUUUGGAGGACACUAAUAAUGUUGGAUUCCCACCAAUGUCCUGAACUUUUCAACACUGAUAGCACCUUGUCCAUUUUUAGAUUGUAGAAACAAAAUAUCUUGGAGUUACUCAGUUGUUGAAGUAAUCGAGAAGGAUUUCAUUAUGUACUUGUUACUGGUUCUUCAUUUCCACACCCUGUGGGUGACCGUCUCUUCAGCAAUGCAGCACGGUCACUAUGAUGUGUGCAAAAUGCAGACAAUGUCAGACGAGGGCCUAAUUUGGGAAUAUAUGGCUUGUCAGCCAGAAUCUGUAGACAUGACUCAGUAUCUAAAGGUAAAAAUCGAUCCUCCCAACAGCACCUGUGGCGACCCUCCAGAGCCCUUCUGUGCCAUGGGAAAUCCUUACAUGUGCAAUAACGAAUGUGAUGCCAGCACACGAGAACUUGCCCACCCUCCUGAACUUAUGUUUGAUUUUGAGGGCCGGAACCCAAGUACUUUUUGGCAGUCCAUUACAUGGAAGCACUAUCCCAGUCCUCUCCAGAUCAAUAUUACUCUAUCCUGGAACAAAACCAUUGAGCUCACCAAUAACAUUGCCAUUACCUUUGAAUCUGGCCGACCUGAAAAGAUGAUCUUGGAGAAAUCACUAGAUUACGGGAGAACGUGGCAGCCGUACCAGUUUUAUGCUGCUGAUUGUCUAGAUGCAUUUAGGAUGGAGCCCAAAUCCGUGAAAGACUUAACACAUAGCACAGUCUUGGACAUUAUAUGCACAGAGGAGUAUUCCACUGGAUAUGCAGCACAUGCCAAGACCAUAUCAUUUGAAAUCAAAGAUCGUUUUGCAAUCUUUGCUGGGCCAAGGUUGCACAAUAUGGCGUCACUCUAUAGUCAACUGGACACCACCAAAAAUUUAAGGGAUUUCUUCACUGUAACAGAUUUAAGGAUUAGGCUUCUUAAACCAGCCACUGGGGCCACAUUUGUAGACGAGAGGAACCUGGGAAGAUAUUUCUAUGCGAUAUCGGACGUCAAAAUUCAUGGCAGGUGUAAGUGUAAUCUCCAUGCCAACACCUGCAACUUUAUUAACAACCGUUUGAGCUGUGAAUGUGAGCACAACACAACGGGGCAGGACUGCGAGAGGUGCAAGAAGAAUUUCCAGGGUCAAUCAUGGAGUCCUGGAUCCUACCUCACCAUUCCUAAGGGAACUGCAAAUAUCUGUGUAGCCAGCAUUCCCAGCACCGUACAUGACAAAAAAAAGAAGCAGACCAUCACUGCAGUUUUUCCCAAAUUAGCUCACUCAACUGUGCCACCCGCUCAAGUCUCGAGCCACAAAAGAGAUUGCUAUUGCCACGGGCACUCCAGCCGCUGCACUUACAUCGAAGUUGUAAACACGGCGGUCUGCGUGAGCUGUAGACACAACACUCGUGGUCAGCAGUGUGAGAAGUGCAAGAGAGGCUUCCACAGAAAUGGGUCCGCCAAACUGGAGGAUGUAAAUGUGUGCAUAGCCAAUGUUUGCGACAAUGAACUGCUUCGUUGUCAAAAUGGAGGCAUUUGUUACAACAACGUGAGGUGCCACUGUCCUGCUGGCUACACGGGUAUAUUGUGUGAGAAACAAAAGUGUGAGGACACUGGGAGUUGCUCUUCCAAAUCAGGGCAGGCAUCAUUGUCUGUUAAGUCCCAGAUGAUACUGACUAUUGUGCUACUUGUGAUUUUGCUCUGCACUUUCUAAAGGCACUUUCUAAAGCACUUGGAUUAUAGACCUGUGAUUUGAGAAGGAUGAAGUGACUCUAAGAGACAGGGCAAAAAUAAAUAUCAACAAAUUUAAUGAAAUCAAUAUUGAAAAGAGAAGGCCUGACUGUACUAAGCCAUAUGUAUCAAUCAACGAGAGAGCAAUCCAUGACUGUUAUGUUUCUGGCUCAAAACAUAAUGGCCGUCUCAAGAAGAACUGCUGCCAUGGUACCAGAACCAGCUAUAAGGACCUUCAGUUAAAGGAGAAGGCCUUAGCAAUAUGAUUGCCUCUAUCAAGACUGCUUCCAUUAUCAACAUAAGGCACAAGUACAUUAAACUCAAGUCCAAGGCCGUAGAGAGAUAAUUGGCUUGAGCAAGACUGCUACCAUGGCAGGAUCAGUUACAAUUAAUCAAUUACCUGUCCUUGAAUUGCUCCAAUGAAUAAGGACACCAAUUGCUUGUUUGCCACUUAUGCGCAGUCAAUGUACCUCUCUGCCCAGUGUGGACCAACCAAAUAGCGUCAUUCUUUGCUGCCAGUGCAUUGUGGGUUAAGGAAAGCGGCCAUAUUGGUCCCCUGAAGCCCUUACACCUGUGCUUUCGUGAACGUCGCUCCGUAUACCCUUGUUGGUCAAAAGAUUUUGUCUGAUGUUAGUGGCGCACAUAACUCCCUCCCCAGCCCCUUAAAGAAAAGAAGAAAAAAAAAAGAAUACGUCAAGGCUUGUCAUAUCAUAGACACGCCAUCUCGAUAAAAAAAAAAAUAAGGUGUGUCCAGUAUGAGAAAAGGCUAUAGAUUAAGCAAAAAUAAAAUGUAUUUAUCCUUUUGUAUUCAAAUGAAGUUAUUUUUCUUGAAAUACUGUAAAAUGUAGAUUUUUUGUAUUAUUGCAAAUUCGUGUUUAACAGACAAUCUAUAAGUGAAUUGCAUUCAAAAGAACUAUAUAUAUAUAUAUCCUUUAUUUAUUAUUUUCAUU